UUCAGUUGUUUGUCGUCCACUUUCAAACUGUUUCAGAAAGUUUGGUUAUGUUAUAUACUUAUGUGUUUUAAACAAAUAUUUUAUAUUAGCUACUAUCAUGACCAGUGAUUACGAUAAACCAGGGCCUAGUAGUGCUGGUAAUUUCGCAUCUUACCAGGAAAUUGAACAUGAGACUAGUAAAUACAACUACGAUAACUGCAUUAUUCAACAAAGAACGGACGACGAAUUCGACAGCUCAGACGAUGAAAACAACAAUUAUAAUGUUCUUCAUCAAAUUGAUGGAAAUGAUGUUAUACAGGAAUAUGGAAAAACGUUAAAUGCUGAUGAUGAAGAUGACAAGAUUUUAAAUAAAUUAUUGGAAUAUAUAUGCUCUGAUACAGAAGUAAUUUCAGAGAGUGAGAGCACUAGUUCAGAAAAUGAAAUUCAGUUAAAAUCCUUUGUAAAUUUCAUUACAAUGCUAAAUGAUGUUGAACCACGUUUCUCAGAAGAAGAUGGACAAACUGUUAAUCAAGAGCCAACAUCAAAGAAAGACACAAGUGAAGCAGCUCUGGAGAGUAGCAAUGAGAAACAGUUAAAAUCUGUGAAUAAAGAUGAUGCUAACAAAAGCCAACAAGAAAUAGCCAUCUCUACAAAACCUCAGAACUUGAUACAAUCACCUCAAGUAACUAGAAGUAAAAAUAAUGAAACAAAAAUACAUAUUGCUGAAAAUUUACCAAUUGUUCCACUUAUUAAAAAGAAGGUACUCAAAAGGAAAAUGAAAAAAAUACAAACAAAUCACACCAAUUCUAAAACAAUAAAAAGUAAACAUGAAGUCAAUUCAAAUUAUUCCUCUAGUGAUGAUGAAAAUACAAAUGUUCCAUUAAAGAAGAAGAUAAAGAUUCGUUUCAAGGCACAAGCUACCAAGAAAAAAAUAACAAAUGGUACUGAAUAUGAUAUGUCUGAUGAAUCAGAUAUUGAAGUAAAGGAUAACAAAAAGGAGACAACAAAAUCCAAAGAUGUGUCUAAGUUGGAUAAGCAGAAAAUGAAUAGCAUUUCAUCAGAUGAUCCUGUUAAAAAGAAUGAUGGUCAAGUUUCAAUAAAUUAUUUGGGCAAGUCAUCAGAUCAAUUCUCAAAUAUUCGAAACAUUCUUGAGCAAUCAUUGAUCCACCAGAAUCAAUUACUGGAUCUAUCGAACAAAGAUAAUUAUGAAGGAAUUCUCAAUAUAAUUAAUGAAUAUGCUGAUUUUAAAGAAGGAAGAAAUAAAAAGUCAACAACAGAAAGUACUGAUGAAACAAAACAAGUUUUAUUAAAACAAUCUAAUAAAAGUACUACUCUAACUGCACCUAAUCACAAGAAGAGUAUAAGAGGUGAAGCUACUGAAGGUUUUUUGUCAGAUCAAGGUAAUGAACUUCCUAUAUCUAUGAUCAGUCCGAGGAGGUCGCUACGACUCCUAAACAGUUCAACACAUGCUAAUGAAUCUACGACGAAAAAGUCUUCCACAGUUAUAACAGGAGGAAGUCAAAAUAAGUCUCGAAAUCAGUUGAAAUCUAAAGUUUGUGAAGAAGAAACUGCAGAUAUCGCAACUGGAGCAGACAAAAACCAAAUGAAUUCCAUUAAAAGUCCUAUUCUUCAAAAAAAGAAGAAUGUUUUGAAAAGUAAAGAUGAUGAGAAAGCUAGCAAAGUAAAUGCUGAUGAUAAUGAUGUUGGGACCCUAAAGAAACCAAGAAGACUGAAUUUUUCAAAAGGCAAAACUACGACUGAAUUACUGCCCGCACAAGGAAAUGAUAAACUGAUCUCCAAAGUGAAUCAGUCACAAGGAUUUAAUGAAACAUCUGACCAUGUUAAUGAUAGUGACAAAACUAUUUUGAGUCCCAUCAUCAAAUCCUGGAGGUCGCCUCGUUGGUUGAAAAGUCAAUCGGUACUUGUGGAUAAUACUAAAAAUAUUAUGACUUCAACUCCUAAUACAAACUCGUGUGCGCGGUUGAAAUCUAAAGUCACUACCAAUGUUUUAAAUAAAAAAGAGAAUACUUCUAAAUCUGAUUUAGUAAGAAAAGUAAAUAAAUCGCCAAGAAAGAUGAAUGACCAAGAAUCUUGUAAUGAAUUUGACGAUGACGCUAAAGACAACGAAAUAAAAGUGUCAGCAAAGAAAUUGAAAGAAUUGCAAAAUAAAAAGAAAUUGGCUACUAUAGAUGCAGGAGAAGAAAAUUCUUUAGUUGAAUUUAAGGAUAAAAUAAAUACGAAAACUGUGGAAGGUCAACAAUUUAUUGGUAUAAAGAGAAAAGCUUCAACAAGUAAAGAACAAUCGGAUAAAAAUAAAUCAAAAAAGCUGACAAACAUCAUAGCUUCAAAAGAUAAAGAUUCUAUUAAUAAAACUGAGGACGAUAAAGUUGAUAAUGAAAAUAAAACGGAAGCUAUAUGUCAACGAGUAACAAGAAAUCACUCAAAAGUUUUGGAAGGAAAAGUAAAUGAAUCACUAAAUAUAAAGAAACGAAUAAUUCCUAUAACUUCUUCUGAAGAACAAGUAUCUUGUAGCGAUAAUGAAGGCAAUAAAAAGGAUGGUACAGAAAACAAAAAUGUAACCGAUUUCAAACAGAAAGGAAAUAAUGAGAGUCAAGUAAUUAAAAAGACAGCAAAAGCUUCAACUAGUAAAGUAACAAAAUCAUCGAAAGUGAAGAAGCCAAUAAUAAAGAAUGUUGAAGAUAAAGAAGUUGUUGCCGAAACCAUACAGAAAGCAAGCAAAAUCGAGGAAAGUGAACAAACAAUAAGUAAGAAGGAAAUGGUUAUUACUAAAAACGUAAAAGUAUCUCUAAGCAAGAAGAAAUCGAUACUGUCUACAUCAUCUGUAGAACAAGAUUCAUGUGAUGAUCAAUUAGAUAAUGUCAAAGAAAACAAAAGGAAUUUAAACACACCUAAUGAAAUAAAGCAUGGAACAAAAACUUCAGAAGUAAGAAAUAAGCCAAAAGCUUCAGCCAGAAAAGUAAAAGAAUCGCUAAACAUAAAUAAACGAAUAAUUCCUAUAACUUCUUCUGAAGAACAAGUAUCUUGUAGCGAUAAUGAAGGCAAUAAAAAGGAUGGUACAGAAAACAAAAAUGUAACCGAUUUCAAACAGAAAGGAAAUAAUGAGAGUCAAGUAAUUAAAAAGACAGCAAAAGCUUCAACUAGUAAAGUAACAAAAUCAUCAAAAGUGAAGAAGCCAAUAAUAAAGAAUGUUGAAGAUAAAGAAGUUGUUGUCGAAACCAUACAGAAAGCAAGCAAAAUCGAGGAAAGUGAACAAACAAUAAGUAAGAAGGAAAAGGUUAUUACUAAAAACGUAAAAGUGUCUCUAAGCAAGAAGAAAUCGAUACUGUCUACAUCAUCUGUAGAACAAGAUUCUUGUGAUGAUCAAUUAGAUAAUGUCAAAGAAAACAAAAGGAAUUUAAACACACCUAAUGAAAUAAAGCAUGGAACAAAAACUUCAGAAGUAAGAAAUAAGCCAAAAGCUUCAGCCAGAAAAGUAAAAGAAUCGCUAAACAUAAAUAAACGAAUAAUUCCUAUAACUUCUUCUGAAGAACAAGUAUCUUGUAGUGAUAUCGAAGACAAUGAAAAUGAUGGUACAGAAAACAAAAAUGUAACCGAUUUCAAACAGAAAGGAAAUAAUGAGAGUCAAGUAAUUAAAAAUACAGUAAAAGCUUCAACUAGCAAAGUAAAAAAAUCGUCGAAUGUGAAGAAGCCAAUAAUAAAGAAUGUUGAAGUAGAAGAUAAAGAAAUGAAAAUGAAUCUAAUUGUAACCGAAACCACACAGAAAGGACCCAAAAUCGAGGAAAAUGAACAAACAAUAAAUAAAAAGGAAAAGAUUAAUGCUAAAAAUGUAAAAGUAGCUCUAAGCAAGAAGAAAUCGAUACUGUCUACAUCAUCUAUAGAGCAAGAUUCUUGUGAUGAUGAAUUAGUUAAUGUAAAAGAAAAUAAAAGGAACCUAAAUGUACCCGAUGAAAUAAAGUAUGGAACGAAAACUUCAGAAGUAAGAAAUAAGCCAAAAGCUUCAGCCAGAAAAGUAAAAGCAAAAGUUUCUUCAUCUUGUGAAGAGCAAGAUUUGAAUGUAAAUGCAAACACUACCAUAAACAAAGAAAUGAAAAAUAAAGAAGGUCAACAGGUAUUAAGAAAUAAGCCGAAAGCUUCAGCAAUAAACGUUAAAGAAUCGCAAAAUAUGGAGAAAGCAAUAGUUUCUUCAGCUUCUGAAGAACAAGAUGCUUGUAAUGAAAGUAAAGUAAAGGGUAUUAAUGUUAAAGAAAUCAAAACGAAUACAAAUAAAACUAGUGUCAUAAAGAAAGGAACAAAAAAUAAGAAAGAUAAAGAAGUAAUUAAAAAUGAUUCAAUAGCUACGACACUUAAAGUAGUUUUAGAAAAGCUACAUUUUUAUAACGAAAUUGAAGUUAACAGUACAGAAAAUGAAAAUUCUAAUGUUGCAAGUACGUCUCAAAAAGGAAUCAAAGCUACAGAAAAUAAAAAACUAAAAAAUAAUAAUUCAAAACUUUCGACUACAAAAGAAUCGCCAAAGAAGAAUACAGCUACAGCUGCCAAAGAUCAAGACUCUUGUAGUGAAAUGGAAGAUGAUGAACUUAAGGGUAAAAGAAACAAAAUUAAUACGAAUAUUGCAAGUACAUCACUAAAAGGAACCGAAACUGUGAAGAGUCAACAAACAGUGAGAAAUGAGAAGACAGCUUCAAAAAGAAAAUUGAAAGAAACGCGAAAUAAGAAACAGGGUGAUACUGAAGAAGAGGACAUGUCUUAUUCUUCUCAAAAGAAACCUAAAUUAAGUGAAGCAACCAAUAAGAAUACUGCGAGUAGCACGGAUGAUGAAACGAAUGAACUUCCUCUACAGAAGAGAGCUUACAAUUCGACAAGAAAUAGCAGCAAAAUUCAUCGCGAUAUUAGUUUAAAUAAUGGCGAGGUUUCACGUAUUAAAAAAGAAUCAGGUUCAGUAUCUGAUAAACAGCUUCAACGUAUCUGCGAUGAACUCAAUGCGUCUCGCAAAUCGCUUGAUUUUUCGUUUGGUGAUGCAACAUUAAAUGAUUCUCUUAGGCGAAGUAGUCGUUCACGAAAACCAGUAAAAUUUAAAGGGUGCAUGUACAUUCAAUCCAUUGAAUCAUCGACGUCAGGAAGGAAAAGUACCACUCGGAAAAGGAUGACGAUUUCGCAAACACCAACUGCAAAUGCUUCGAGAACAAACCAAGAAAACGAUGAUACUCAUGAAGGAAAUUUAGAAGCUAAUAACCAAGUUUCAUCUCAAAGCAAAGCUGAAAGUCAGGUCUCCGAGGUUCAAUCAACAAGCAACACUACUACUAAAUUACACAAGAAGAGGAAACUGUUUUCGCCGGAUACCUAUUUAAAUUCGUCUGCAAUAGCAAAAUGUUGUGAACACACACAAGCUUAAUUUUAUUUAUGUUCUUUUUUAUUUUUUUACAUUUUACAAAUGU